AUGGAAACUUCACUUUCUGUUCCUUCUCCAUUUUUAUCUGCAUUCAGGACAAACAAAGAGCUUCCCCAUGUUCUGUCACUUGAGUUCAAAAGAAUAACAUGCUUUUCGGGUUGUGAUAAAAAACAAAGUUACAAUGAAAACGUUUAUGUUAUACCCAUCCGAACCGUGUCUCGAUUCUGCAUUUCAAGGUCUUUUGCUAGGUCAUUGGAACUUGGAGGGACAGGACCACCGCAUAGUGAUGUUCAUUCACCUCCAAACUAUAAUCAGAGCAGCUUUGAGAAAGAUUUGGAAGAAUUAUUUGGUCAAGUGAAAAAAAUGAUCCAGAUGGGGAAGAAAAAUGAUGCCAUAGAUCUGCUUAAUGCGAAUUAUGAAAUGGUGAAAGAGAGGCUUAGUGUAGGCACUAAAGGAAUAGAAGAAGCUGCUAUCUUAGACAUACUUGCACUCGGUUAUAUAGCUGUUGGAGACUUGAAAUUUGUUGGUUAUCUAUUGAAUUUGUUGAAAGAUGUUGUUGAUACCUUAAAGGAUGAUGCACCACAUCUAAGUUCAAUACUUAUGCAUAUGGGAAGUAUGUAUGCGACAUUGAACAAGUUUGAAGAGUCACUAGACACGUAUCAAAGGGCUGUCUACAUUGUGGAAAGGAUUUACGGUAAGGAUAGCACUAUUCUUGUCACGCCCCGUUUGGGUAUGGCAAAAGCUCAUGGUUCAAUGGGAAAAGCCACAAAAGCAAUAGAGAUAUACCAAUAUGUAAUCACGCUUUUGGAAUCAAAUAAAGGUGUUGAAAGUAAGGAUUUGGUAGUACCUUUACUUAGUCUUGGAAAUCUUUUACUGAAAGAAGGAAAAGUCGAUGAUGCUGAAAGUCGUUUUACUAGGGUUCUUAACAUUUACACAAAAGUAUAUGGAGAAAAUGAUGGGAGAAUUGGAAUGGCUAUGAGUUCCCUAGCCCAAGUAAAGUGUGGUCUAGGGAAGUCAAGUGAAGCAAUUGAUUUACUCAAAAGUGCUCUUAAGGUCAUGAAGGAUUCAAAUUACAUGUCACUGGAUAACAGUAUGUUGGAGAAAAUGAGGCUAGAUCUAGCUGAAUUACUCCAUACCUCUGGGAGAGGACAAGAAGGCAGAGAGAUAUUAGAGGAGUGCCUAUUGAUCACAGAGAGGUACAAAGGAAAGGAGCAUCCUAGCUUAGCAAGACACAUGAUAAAUCUCGCAACUUCGUACACACGGUCAAAGAGUUACGCUGAGGCAGAGCAUUUGCUGAGAAGAAGUUUGCAAAUCAUGAUAAAGCAUAAGGGAACUGAUGAUCAGUCCAUCAGCUUCCCUAUGUUGCAACUUGCAGCUACACUAUACCAUUUAAAAAAUGACGAAGAAGCAGAGAAACUCGCCCUAGAGGUUUUGCGCAUCCGCGAAAAGGCAUUUGGAGAAGAUUCUCUUCCUGUUGGGGAGGCGUUGGACUGCUUAGUGUCUAUUCAAACCAGACUUGGUAAAGAUGACAGAGAUUUACUGGAGGUGGUUAGAAGGAUACUGAGUAUCCAAGAGAAAGGAUUCGGAUAUGAGAGUGAGCAAGUUUUGCUUACCUUGAACAAAAUUGUAUACUACUUAGAUAAGUUAGGGAGAAAAGAUGAAAAACUUCUUCUGCAGAGAAGGCUAUAUGUGCUUAGGAAGAAAUAUAAGCACAUGGUUAAUCACUAA